AUGAACCUUACCAUCACCGUCCCUCCAGGAACGGUCAACCACGGCGACCCUCGCCUGCUCUGCACUCCUCCGAUCUGGUCCGACUACAUCAUCUUCUACGCAACGAAUUACUUCGUCCACGCCCUCACCCUUCCCAGCCGGCCCGGCGAGUCCGUCCUGGAGACAUGCUUCACCGUCAUCACGGCCCUCUUCCUCCCCAGCACCGGGUCGCUGCGCGCCGCCCGCUGGCUGCUCUCCCACGCCGGGACCGUCAGGCGGGACGAACUCAGCCGGGCCAUGAGGGCGGGUGCGCUUUGCAUGGUCGUCGACGAGACGGAACGCUCCAAAGUCUCCUGGAUCGAGACGUCGUUGAGGAGAAUGAGAUUCAAUAGAGCAUCUCGAAGCUGGUAUGACCCCGACGCUUCCGCACCUCCCUGGUACAGGUCUCGCUUUCGAGGCGCCGGGAGGUGGGUUCACUCCUCCCGCACCAUCCACGGCACUUGUCUCUUACCCAAGGGCUUCAUCUUGGUCGAGGUGCCGGUGGGAACUCCGCUGAAGCCGUCCCCAGACUCCGGGGCCAACCACCUCGACCGCUCCAAUAUUCGACUAGGCAGUACUUACAACAUCCCCAAAGCCUUGUUCGCUCUCGGGCAGGCAAUAUGGGGUAUAACGACGGUCUACCGGACUCGGGGUGAUCAGCUUCAGAGAUACGGGUACGCAGCUUUUGGGGUAACCGUAGCCCCGUACGCCUUCAUGUCUCUCGUCAAUCUCGUCGCUCUCCUGCUCACUCCAGAGUAUAACUGUAUAUACCUGGUUCACACCCCGGACCUCGACAGAGCUAGGAGGCAGGGCGGCAGGUUCUCGGGUCUCGUGGCAAGCGUCGACUUGGACAAUAUCAAAGAGCCACUGAGGACGUUUUGGCCUUCCCAAGCGGCUCACACGGCAUAUUUCGCUCUGACGACAGUGCUGCUGUUGGUUCCACUCGUCAUCGUCGCAGGCCUGACCGGCUUCAAUCCGGGCCAGAGUACGAUAAACCAGCGAGUGUGGAUCUUGUGCUGGCUUGGAUUUGGUAUCUUAAUGGGCCCUCUCAUCCGGCUGAGCACCAUCUUCCCUUCUGAGAUCCACGGCGUUUACAAGAUCCGGGCAAACGAUGCGAUAGCGUAUGCUCUGGAGAAUGCGAGUUUCCUGGAACGCGUGAUAGACUGGUUGGUGACCAAGUACUUUUGGGUCAUCGAGACAUCGUUUUACUGGUAUGUGAUCAUCGGAGCUGGCAUUCUAUUCACUCCAGCUAUUGGUGGCAUGGUUGUGGUUGGGCAGAUGUUGGAGGAAUUCGGCUUUUGUAGACGUCUGGACCGCUGA